GGGGCUGCCGGGAUUGGGCGCCGCGGCUCUCGCUCGCCCGGGCGGCUGCUCCUCGCUGCGGCCAGGCUCGGCGGGGCAUGCCCGCCCCGCGAUCGCCGCGCGCCCCGCACUGCUAGCUCCUCCCGGGCUUCCUGCCCGCGCCGCACCUGGCUGCGGCCUCGGAGCCCCGCUCGGGCGGCAGCGCGCGCCUGCGAUCGCCGCGCGGGGACCGCUGCCGUCAUGGGGCUGCAGCCGCUGGAGUUCAGCGACUGCUACCUCGACAGCCCUUGGUUCCGGGAGAGGAUCCGCGCCCACGAAGCGGAACUCGAGAGGACCAACAAGUUCAUCAAAGAGCUCAUCAAGGACGGGAAGAACCUCAUCGCUGCGACCAAAAGUCUUUCAGCAGCCCAGAGGAAGUUUGCUCAUUCACUCAGAGACUUUAAAUUCGAGUUUAUCGGCGAUGCAGAAACUGAUGAUGAACGUUGCAUAGAUGCUUCCUUACGUGAAUUUUCAAAUUUUUUGAAGAAUCUGGAAGAACAGAGAGAAAUUAUGGCAUUAAGUGUAACUGAAACCCUGAUUAAACCCUUGGAAAAAUUCAGAAAAGAGCAACUUGGAGCCGUAAAGGAAGAAAAAAAGAAGUUUGACAAAGAGACAGAAAAGAAUUAUAGUACAAUUGAUAAACAUUUGAAUUUAUCAGCGAAAAAGAAAGACUCACAUUUACAAGAGGCAGAUAUCCAAGUGGAGCAAAACCGGCAGCACUUUUAUGAACUGUCUCUUGAAUAUGUAUGUAAGCUUCAGGAAAUCCAAGAGAGAAAGAAGUUUGAGUUUGUGGAACCUAUGCUGUCGUUUUUUCAGGGGAUGUUUACUUUCUAUCAUCAGGGCCAUGAACUUGCCAAAGACUUCAAUCACUACAAAAUGGAACUACAGAUCAAUAUUCAGAAUACACGGAAUCGAUUUGAAGGAACAAGGUCAGAAGUGGAAGAGCUUAUGAACAAAAUCAGACAGCAUCCCAAGGACCACAAACGAGCCAGUCAGUUUACAGCAGAAGGCUACCUGUACGUGCAGGAAAAAAGGCCUGCUCCAUUCGGUUCCAGUUGGGUCAAACACUACUGCAUGUAUCGGAAAGCAGCCAAGAAGUUCAACAUGAUCCCGUUUGAGCACAGAUCUGGGGGGAAACUUGGGGAUGGAGAGGUGUUCUUCUUGAAAGAAUGUACCAAAAGGCAUACAGACUCCAUUGACAGAAGGUUUUGUUUUGACGUAGAAGCUGCUGACCGGCCUGGCAUUUCCCUGACUCUGCAGGCGUUUUCGGAAGAGGAGAGGAAGCAGUGGUUGGAAGCUCUGGGUGGAAAAGAAUCUCUGUUCCAUAGUUUUAAUAGAGCCAUCAUCCCAAGACCGGAAGGAAGUGCACAGUUGGAUAAGAUGGGAUUCACAAUUCUCAGAAAAUGCAUCAGUGCAGUUGAAACACGAGGUAUAAAUGACCAAGGAUUGUACAGAGUUGUGGGGGUGAGUUCAAAGGUCCAGAGACUUCUGAGUAUGUUGAUGGAUGUAAAAACAUGCAAUGAGGUGGACCUGGAGAAUUCCAUAGAUUGGGAAGUGAAGACAAUAACAAGUGCCCUCAAACAGUAUUUGAGGAGUCUUCCGGAGCCUCUCAUGACCUAUGAGUUACACGGAGAUUUCAUUGUUCCAGCCAAAAGCGGCAGCCCAGAAUCUCGUGUUAAUGCUAUCCAUUUCUUGGUACACAAGCUGCCAGAGAAAAAUAAAGAAAUGUUGGAUAUUUUGGUGAAACACUUAACAAAUGUUUCAAAUCACUCCAAGCAAAACCUGAUGACGGUGGCAAAUUUAGGAGUGGUGUUUGGACCGACUCUAAUGAGGCCACAGGAAGAAACGGUUGCUGCCAUCAUGGAUUUGAAGUUUCAGAAUAUUGUCGUGGAAAUCUUAAUUGAAAACCACGAAAAGAUUUUUCGGACCCCGCCUGAUACCACAUUCCCUGAGCCCACCUGCUUGUCAGCAUCACCCCCAAAUGCUCCGCCAAGGCAAUCAAAGAGACAAGGCCAGAGGACGAAGAGACCCGUGGCUGUCUAUAAUCUUUGUCUUGAGCUAGAAGAUGGUGACAGUUCCAACCCUCCUAAGGAGGACACCCCUACCAGCAGUGUGGACUCCCUGUCCUCCCCAUCGCCCACGACUGCAGCUGUGCAUGGGCCUCUGGGACCAGACAAAAAUCACCUUCUGGCGGACGGAGGGAGCCCUGGGGACUGGGCAGCCCCCAUUCACUCAGGAGGACUUGAGGGUAUGAGCUAUGUGCUGUCUUGUCAAAACGGGGUUUCCUACCAACAGGACCUUGACCCAAGUCAGACCCGGUCACCUAUGGUCCAGUGGCUUAACCCGCAGUCUCCGACCACGCCGAGCUCUAACUCAGCUGUUACUCCUCCUUCACCCAGGUUGUCCCCUUUCCCCGUCUCUCCUGCCUCCGUAGUGGACAAGCCUCCUGAAAGCGUUACCAGUCGGAAGGCUCGCGCCGUGUACCCGUGCGAAGCGGAACACAGCUCGGAAUUGUCUUUUGAAAUAGGAGCAAUUUUUGAGGAUGUGCAAACCUCCAGGGAGCCUGGCUGGCUGGAAGGGACUCUGAAUGGCAAGAGGGGGCUGAUUCCACAGAACUACGUCAAGCUGCUGUAGCCCGGGCCUUUGGGAGCCCCGCUGACCCUGGUGCCCAAGGACCUGCCUGGGUGUGGUGAGCUGCCUUCCUCCUCCCGGGCUGGACCCCAGCCCACCCACCUCCACUCUCGGGAAUUACGAAUCAUGAUCAGCACCAGGGGGCGGGGGGACGGGACACAAUGCACAGAACUGCAUAGAUUUGUGCAGCAGGCGAGGAACAUCAGGAUUAGCAGGAUGGACUCUUCAUAUGUCAAGCAUCAGGACUUGUGAUUUUUAAUUAACCAGCCUAUAGGCAGUCACACUGCCAGACCUCCCGUCUCCGCCCGCUCCCGAGCACCUGCUGCUGAGAUCUAAAGGGAACUGUACUUCCUCGCAGUGUUACGUUCACGGGGUGCACGCUUGGCUCUGGCGGCCGCUGCCGGGGGAUGGUCUCUACCAGAGGGAAGCAGGGAUGCUCCCUGCAAGCCUGCUCCUUCCUAGACGGCCGCCCUGGGGCCCCACGCACACGUGCCCGGGCAGAGCACACCGGCACAUUUAUAACAGGCUUCUUGUUGGUGCUCCUCACCUGUGUGCUGUUUUCCAAACACCACCUUUUUGCCUCAAGGUCUCUGUAAAUGAAAUAAAAUGUAAUUUACUAUUUGAA